CGUCCAUCCUGUGGCAAUGGUUCUUGCCUUUUGUGUCCCCAUCAAGCCGCCUUUCCACUCUCUUCCCCUAAUCUUAAUUUCUUUUUCCCCUUAAAACCCCACGCUCAUCUUCUCUCGUUGCAACGCCCCUCCACACCUGCUCCCAGCACAAUCUCUCCUCUCGUCUCUCUUCUCUCUUCCUUAUAAUUAAUUAACUAAUUCUCCUCCCCAUGACAGGCAAGAGAAGCCCCGCCGGCAGCCCCUCGUCCGGCAACAUCUCCGACGGCUCCUCCAAGGAGCAGCAAGACCGUCUCCUCCCCAUCGCCAACGUCAGCCGCAUCAUGAAGAAGUCCCUCCCGGCAAACGCCAAGAUCUCCAAAGAAGCCAAGGAGACCGUCCAAGAGUGCGUCUCCGAGUUCAUCAGCUUCAUCACCGGCGAGGCCUCGGACAAGUGCCAGAGAGAGAAGAGAAAGACGAUCAACGGCGACGAUCUCUUGUGGGCCAUGACCACGCUAGGGUUCGAGAACUAUCUCGGACCCUUGAAGGUUUAUCUCAACAGGUACAGGGAGACCGAGGGCGAGAAGACAGCCAUGAGUGCCAAACCAGACGAGCACCCUUUUUCCACCGCUGCUAUUGGUCUUAACCAUGCCGGAAAUGAGAUCGGAAAACUGGCCAAUUCCGGCUACGGGUUUUAUGCCCCGGCAGAUCAUGGGAGAGGCGUCGCCGGCGGCUACGGAGAGGGCUUGGUGGGCAGUUUUGAUAUUGGCAUGCAAGAUCCGUCGACGUGGAGAUGAGCUUAUCCAUGAAUUUUGUUGCAGACUUCUGGAGAGUGGAGGAUUUUCAUACUGUUCAUUUAUGAAUUUUGUUCAAAUUUUCUGACUUAAUCUCGAACUUACAUAUAUAUAUAUAGAUGUUCUUCGAGAUCUGUAUAAAUAAUUUGCAUCUCACUGCAGUGAGCUCUGAAGAAUGUUUGGUUAAUUAAAUGGAAUGUAAUAUUGCUCGUUAAUUUGCU